AUGCGUUACCCAUAUUCAUUCCUCGCCUUCUCCCUCCUCACCACCACAACCAGAGCUCUUCAAAUCCCUUCACUCCUCUCACCACCCGAACCCUUUUACGCACCAAUCUCCCUCGACCUCAAUAUCUCUUCAGAAUCGUCUUUAAUAUCAAAUGAAACCACCUUCCCCGAUACCUCCCCCGCCUCCUCAAAACCCAAAGUCGAACUAGUCAAACGCGCAGGAAACUGUCCUUCAAACUUUAACUCAUGUUCUACUUUCAAUGCCGCAGAUGGAGGUGCAUGUUGUCCCACAUCAGCAACUUGUUCGACCGAUGCUUCCCAUAACAUAGCAUGCUGUGCCAUCGGCGCAUCAUGUACCGGCACUGUCACAAUCUCUCCCACAACCGGAACUCCCGCAUCUGUUUCUGCGACUGUAACCGGAGCAUACGUUUCAAACGCCUAUUUCCCAUUCCCGAUCUUGCCUACCAGUUAUGCCAACUCUGCAGCAUGUGCUAGCGCUACGAAUUCUUGUGCUAAGAAUUAUGCGCUUUGUACUGUUGAUCUUGAGGGUGGAAUGGGCGGUGCUGUUACGGUAUCGGCUCCAAAUGGUGGUGUCACUGUGGCACCUAGUACUCCCAGUGGAGGAUAUUUGGGAUCAGUUAGUGCGGCGAGUGUUUGUCAGAGUUUGAGUAGCGUUGCAUGUGCUGCCGUGGAAAGUGCGGGAUGUGGACAAUUUGGAACGAAGGCGGCGACUACAACUGAUAGUUUUGUUAUUGGGACGAAUGGAGUUGGGGCUAUGAUUCCGAGACCGACCAUGAUGAAUUGUUUGCCAUAUGCGGCUGCUGCAGCUGGAGUUAUGGGGUUUGUUAUUUAA